GUUCAUUAUGUCUCCGAUCACACGAUGACUGACCGCGUACCAACGGCCGCGUAAUAAACAAGAAUUUAUCUCCCGUAAUAUUGUCGUGGCGUGUGCGAGCGCGCGUUGUUUUUGUCGUUCGAACUUUUCACAUGAUAAUAUCCGGAUGAUAUUCGGUUGGUUAUUAUUUUUUAAAAGUUGAAUCUAAAAGAAAUUUUCACCAGAAAUCUUCAAAGUUUGGGUCUCAAUCGGCAGCAGUCCACAACGACCCUAAGAGCAGAGACUUUCUGCGAGUUGUCGACACACACGCGUCCACGUUGCAAAAUAACACGACAUGGAUUUCCAAUUGAAAAAGAAGUGUUUUGUGUGUCUAUUGCUGAUAGUCACUGCGGAUGCCGUGAUAAAUUCUGGCACAAGUGAUGAUAAGUCACCAACAAGAAGAGAUGCAAGUCUUGGUGUGCCAUCAGAUUCUUACGGUGCACCACCUGCAUCGUUUGGUGCUAUUCAGAUUAACUAUGGACCACCACAGCCUUAUAUUAUAGCUAAUUUAAAAGCACCUGAUGUCAAUUAUGGACUUUCAUCGAACUCUUACGGUCCACAAAAACCAAUAUAUGGACUUCCAAAACCCAGUUAUAAACCCUUAAAGCCAGACUAUGGACCACCUCCACAAGAUUCAUAUGGGUUGCCACCAAAACCAGAAUAUGGCGCUCCUCAAAUACCAAACUCCGUGUACGGCCCACCAUCUGGACCGCCUAGUCCUUCUUAUGGUGUUCCAUCAGUGUCUUAUGCAAAGGGGCCUCCAGGUGUACCAUCCCCGCCAACCCCACCUCAUAUAUCUUACCACGGCUGGCAACCAAUUCCGGGUGUAUCAAUCCCAUAUAUUCAGAAAAAUAACGGUUACGAACAGUCAUCCUUAGGAACUGCUUAUGGACCACCACGGUCUCAAGCAGGAGGUUGUUGUAAUAAUAAUAUUAAUUCUAUAGACACUUCUUACGGAGGAUCGCCACCACCAGUAUUACCGUCGACAGACUACGGUCCACCAAAAGAUGGAAAUUCUCAUCAUGGAAGCACUCACGCUCAGUCAUUGACCAAUUUAUAUAAACCACCACCAAUUAUACCAGAUACAAGUUAUGGGCCUCCCACACCUUCUAAACAACCAUCUGACUCAUAUGGUCCACCUAAACCUGACUACAGUUCUCCACCACCUAAUGAUUCAUAUGGCCCUCCACCCAGUGGAUCUUACGAACCUCCUCCAAAAGAUUCAUAUAGUUCACCACCAAGUGGAUUAUAUGGGCCACCUACAAAAGAUUCUUAUGGACCACCACCAAGUGGAUCAUAUGGACCCCCUCCAAAAGAUUCAUAUGGACCACCRCCAAGUGGUUCCUAUGGCUCUCCUCCAAAAGAUUCAUAUGGACCACCACCAAGUGGUUCAUAUGGCUCUCCACCUAAAGAAUCACAUGGGCCACCACCAAGUGGAUCAUAUGGACCACCUCCAAAAGAUUCAUAUGGACCACCACCAAGUGGUUCCUAUGGACCCCCUCCAAAAGAUUCGUAUGGACCACCAUCCAGUGGUUCAUAUGGCCUUCCACCUAAAGAAUCACAUGGUCCACCACCAAGUGGAUCAUACGGGAAACCUCCAACUGGAUCAUAUGGACCACCUCCAAAAAAUUCUUAUGGGCCACCACCAAGUGGUUCAUAUGGCUCAACACCAAGUGGAUCAUAUGGGCCUCCACCAAGUGGAUCAUAUGGACCACCUCCAAAAAGUUCAUACGGCCCACCUUCAAGUGGAUCUUAUGGAUCACCACAUAAAACGUCAUACCAACCACCAACAAAAGAAUCACAUAGGCCACCAUCAAGUGGCUCAUACGGGCCACCUCCAACUGGAUCAUAUGGACCCCCUCCAAAAGAUUCAUAUGGACCUCCACCAAGUGGAUCUUAUGGGCCACCUCCAAAAGAAUCUUACGGACCACCACCAAGUGGUUCUUAUGGUGCACCUUCUAAAGAAUCCCAUAGACCGAUACAAAGUGGAUCAUUUGGUCCACCAAAAGAAUCUUAUGGGCUACCAUCUUUUGGGCCACCUAAGGAUUCUUAUGGGCCACCAAAAGAAUCAUAUGGCUUACCAUCAGUUGGAUCAUUUGGGCCACCUAAGGAGUCUUAUGGAUCAUCAUCUAAACCCUUAUAUCAUCCACCACCACCAAAAGAUUUUUAUGGGCCACCAAAAGAAUCAUAUGGCUUACCAUCAGUUGGAUCAUUUGGGCCACCUAAGGAGUCUUAUGGAUCAUCAUCUAAACCCUUAUAUCAUCCACCACCACCAAAAGAUUUUUAUGGGCCACCAAAAGAAUCAUAUGGUGUUCCAUCUAAAGAUUCUUAUGGUAUUCCUCCCGUUAAGGACACAUAUGGAAUUCCUGCUCUAGGAUUUAUUGAUAAUUCAUUGCAAAUACAGUAUGACUCGCCAUCAGCGUCUUCAUACAAUGGUCUUCCUCCGGAAGGUACUUUCGGUACACCAAUAGCUAUCUGUUGUGGCACACCCCCACCAGACUUACCGUCACAAAAGCCUACAGACUCUCAGUAUGGGUUAACAUAUGGACAAGCAUCUGGAAGACAAAUACCUGGACCAAAUCUUCAACCAAAAAAUCCAGUAAAAAAUAGGGCACCAGUUCCACCGGGCCUUGUAGAAUCAACGCAGUAUAAUAGUUUCCAAGGUGAACCAUACAUACCUCCUCCAGUAUCAGAAGUAUCAACAACUGGAAAUGAUGCAUAUGCUGCUCCAUCAAGUUCUACGGGUUACAGCAGCUCUAACAGUAACCCAAAUUUAGAGCAAAGUCCAAUAGUUCCUCAAGAGCAACAACAGUAUAACAUACAAGCUACACAAGAUACAUCAAAUAAUGGAGUAUACAAUCAAGGAAUAUCUUCAUCAUACGCUAUACCAGCUCCUGAAUCUUAUCAGCAUAUAACUCAAACAGUUUCAGUAAAUAAUGGUGCUCAGAAACCUAACAGUUAUGUUCAGCCUGACCAACUUUUAACAACAAAUGGUGAUAACUAUGGAACUCCACAGCAAUCAUUUGACUUAAACCAACAAAUUGAAGAAAGCAAAAAUAACCCACAACUUAGAGAUACAGAGAAUAAUUCACACCAACGAGAAAAUAAUAAUUAUCAACAACAACCAGAUGGAGUGGAUGUUAAUGAUAUAGUGAAGUCAUUAGGUUUAGAAGGCUCAUCCGUUGUUGGUUCAAAAUCUGUUGACAUAAAUGGUUUACAAGAAUAUCCUGUUCAAGGGUCUACUGGAAAUUAUAUGCUCCAAAUCCAACCAGGUCAAAGAGGUGGUGAGAACGUCGCUCAUGAUCAAGUACUUUCUAAUGGGUUACUUCAASACAUUUUGUCAGCUAUAGAGAAUCAACAAAAAUCAGAUAACUCAUACGAUAACCAACCACAAGGAUCGGAAGUCAGACAAGUUGCGACGGCAGCGGCCAACACAAGUACUGAGUGGCCAGACAAUUCUGAUAGUAAAAAACAAGAAAUGGCUCUGUUCUAUAGUACAAGAGAUGGAAAAGGACAAUCUACGCAAGGCACAGAAUCUCUACUCAAUCAAAUAAACCAUUUGAGCGUAAAUGAGGUGUCGAAUGGAAACUUCGUUUCUUACAAGUCGCCAAAAGUGAAUUAUGUGUACAGUGAAACAACACCUCAAGCUGUGUCACAGGCAUAUCCACAACAAUCGACUCCUAAGACUGAUGAAAGCUCAACAAACUCGUUGUCGAGUACAGGAAAAUAAUUAUUGUAGUAAAAUAGAUACAUAAAUAUAUAAUAAAUUAUUAGGUAUAUAUAUAAUAGUUUAAAUAUAAUCCUACUAUUAUAUUUGACAGUUUCAACUCCCCAACCUUUGGUUGCAUUCAAAUUGACAACGGUAAUAACGUGUAAGAAAGUGCUCGUAUUCAUUUGAAUCGCCACUUCAACGGAAUACCGUAUCUCCCAAAAGUAUUGUACUUSUAUCAGUAUGAGGCAUUCACGUACAAAAACGUUCUAUAAUAAUUGUACAAAUACUUUAUUAUCUUGACAGGGUAAUCGCUCUAUUAUGAUUUUAUAUUGACGACGUAGUUACCAAGCACAGGUUUAUUCACGACUAGCUUAUCACGAACUCGAAAUGAAAACAUCGUGCCUUAUUUUGUUUUAAAUCGUGAACGACGAAUAUUUUAAUCUAAAAAGUGAGAGCAAGUUUAUGAGUAUAAGAUACGACAGAUAUAAAUGUGAAUUGUAACACAAUAAAAAUAGUACAGAAAGCCAUUUUGGGUAUGAAAAAUACUUUCGAGAUUAAUUGAAUGCAACUGGAUGUGUAUUUGAUAAUAAAUUAAAUUAAAUCAUCACUUUGAUUAGGUAUCAAAAAUAUUGKUGAGUUAAGUUAUUAAUUAAUGUAAAAUAUUUAAUUUAAUAUAUAUAUAAUUAUUAGUAUGUUAUAUAAUAGCGUUUAGCACGAUUGCCACUAUAUGAAGUGCCAUAGAACUUUUAUUAUUAUUUUUUUUUUUUUUAUAAUAAUAUUCUU